CACCCUGCAUUCUGUAUUGCCAGAGUGGAUUAUGAACGUCCUUUUUCUUUUCGGGUACAGUGUUACGGUUCCGAAAUGAUCCUGAACGGAAAGUGGACUUGGAGAAGCUCGACUACAAAAAAAUAAUUUUAUGGAAGAACGGCAGGUUAAUAGAUGUCAAUGACUUUAUUUCUCAUCUGUUCUUCAGUUUCUUUGGAUCAGGCUUUGGUGUGUUCAGUGAAAAUUAACCGAAAGAAAUGUCAUUAGUCACAGGAAAUCAUGAUUUCACAAGAGGGGCAAAUGCUUUUUCGCGCAGGGCUAGCUUUAGCUUGGAAUACAUAUUCAGAAAUAUAAUCGUUUUAAAACUGCAUUUUAUGUUUACUUAGGUCAUCUUUGUCUGGUCUGUACAUUAGCUUGAUAAUUUUGAACAUGGUGAGGAAACUGCAAAAAAAAUUUAGAAGGGAGCAAACCUUUUUUCAGGGCAAUUUAUUUGGUGUGACUGAGGAACAUUGAUUUGUUUUACAACUUACCAUGAACCAAGUAAUGGCUCAACUCGUUUGAUAUUUGGUAGCGAUUCGACUCGACUGAUUUUCUUUUUUACUUGAGACUUGAAGGUUAUGACUUCAGACUUAAUUGUGACUUGCGCAUAUAUGACUUGAUCUCACUUCUGCUAUUGUGAUGUCUUACCAUUUUGCUUGAAGCAGGGAUGCCCAACUUUUUUUGACCGAAGAUCUACCCUUCGUGUGCCUUCGCACGCCCGCCAUGAUGAGCAACACCCGUAAUGGCUCUUUACUUGAACGAAACGUAAUAAAGUCCUAUAAAUAAAGAGUUGGAGAGUUUGUAAAAAGAAAAUCUCUGCCUACCUUAGUCGAGGCGUGAUGCGGAGGCAUCGGAUGGAUGUACUUUUGCAGAGUAGAAACUAUCGUACGUAUGUGUAACGUUUUAAAAUUCAUCUCCUGGCAGUCCAGAUUCCCAUUUACCGGCGCCAUCGUUGAAUUGCAAAAAGUUUGAAAGAGAAGAAGGAUAAAAAAGACGUAAACUUUGAAAGAAGAAGAAUCAAAAAGACGUAAUGCAACAGCUCUGAUCACAAGCAACUGCAGACUGCUGCCCGCUUAAAGGUUAAAGGUGACCUGUUUUUUUGAAAUACAUUUUGUGAAAGUGAAACUGAUAUGAUGCUGAUGGUCCAGUGUGCACUGACACAAAACUAUGUAUUAAUAGCACGCACACACAUUUUUAUUCCAUUGUCCUGGAAUCUAGACCCUUCGCAAUCAAUUUGGGACCCGUCCGCAGGCUACCGGUCAAUCUCGCGACUGGUUGGGCACCCCCGUUUUAAAAAUGAUAAUAGCAAACACCACUCUGAUGGUUUACCUGUAUGCAGCUCACAAACCCAAAUGUGAUUAUUUACAUGUUAUCUGGAAUUUUCCUCAUCAUGCUGUUUUAUUUUACCCAGCAUGGUUGCGGACAAUUAACUACUUUCUGUCUUUGACUUUCUCAUAAUUUAAUUUUUCAUUGCAUUUUCUUUCAUGGCAACAGGAACAUUUUACCCAAGGGUUGGUUAGCUUGCAUAAAUGUGUGAUAAAAAUAUAUGACUGAAAAUAUUUUCCCCAAACUUGCAAUUGCAAUUUUGAGAAUCACAGCUGUUGGAUUAAAAAAAGAAAAGUCAUGCUGAUAUACAGUACUUGCACAAUUCAAUACCCAAUGACCAGAUGCGCUUCACAGUUUAGAAAGCGAAUUUGUUCCGAAGAUUCAAGUUUGAAGUCACAGUUUUAAUUUCUUGUCGGAAAAAAAUGCCCAAAGGUACUUCAAUAAUGACCACUAAAAUCGUCAUGGUUUUACAUAACUGUGUGACUUCACCCUGAUGAAGCGAUUCACAACCAGUUCUCUGUUUUCUGGGAGUCUCGUGUCCAUGAUUUAGUCAAUGUGAUGUCUUUCUUUUUCGUGGUCAUACUUUAAUUACAAAAAGGUCAGGAGGUUUUUUUCUUUCUUUUCAUAUGCUCUCUCGUUCUUAAUAGGCAUCUCUUCCCCUUUUCCUAUACCUCACCCCAAAACAUUUCUUAUCAAUGAAUCCCUUUUUCAAAGCUCUCAAGGGCUAUCUGAAAUGUCCCCCUUCAUACUAUACAGUAACUCCGCCUCACCUCCUUUCAAUCUUCAAACUUUCCACCAUUUCUUUAUUUGGGAUUUUGGUGAGGUUUAGGGUGCGACGCUCUCCGAUAUGAUGUGGUGGUGGCUGUUUCCUUUAUUGAGCGCUGUUUUGUUUGUCUUGCUUUUCAUCAUAUACUUGACCAUUUCCCAACGCUACAAGGUUUUUAGUGAGGCGUACCUUAGGCCUCCGGGACCCUUGGUUAAUGAUGACCGAAAGAGGGAUGACAGGCUCAAGAAAGGAUUCCGUGUGGAUCGGGUUCCCAAUUCUCUGGAUGCUGUGGUUAUUGGCAGCGGUAUCGGGGGUUUGACAGCUGCGGCUCUCUUGUCCAAGGCUGGAAAGAGAGUUCUUGUUUUGGAGCAGCAUGAUCAGGCGGGUGGCUGCACUCACACCUUUCAAAAUAAGGGCUUUGAGUUUGAUGUGGGCAUUCAUUAUCUUGGCCAGCUUCAUGAGAACAGUCUUCUUAGGGUCGCCCUGGAUCAGAUCACAGAGGGCCAGAUGCAAUUUACUCGGCUUGAGCAACACUUCGAUACAUUGCUCUUGGGCCAGCCUGGAAAACACAGGGAGUAUCGUAUACACGCAGGGAAGACUGAAAUGGCAGCUAAUCUGAAGAAGCAGUUCCCAGGAGAGGAAGAUGCUAUUGACGAGUUCUUUCGAAUUAUGAAGCUAGCCUCACAGCGGACGCCACUUUUUGCCUCUUUGAAGAUUGUUCCAUACUGGCUUGUCAACUUCCUGGUGUGGACUGGUCUAUUAGAUCGCAUAUCUUCAGUGUUCCGCCUAGCAACCACAAACCACUCUGAAGUAAUAUCCCGUCUCACAAAAAACAAAGACCUUCAGGCUUUAUCUGCCUACCUUUUCUAUGGUGUGCCUCCAAAACAGUCUAGCUUUCUCAUCAAUGCGCUCCUUCUUCACCAUUACAAACGUGGUGCAUACUAUCCAAGAGGAGGCGCAAGUGAGUUUGCCUUUCACAUCAUCCCUGUCAUUCAACAAACAGGGGGCGCUGUCUUGGUCAGGGCGCCAGUGCAGCGUAUUCUGCUCAACCAGCAGGGGAAAGCUCGUGGAGUGACUGUGCUGAAAGGACAAGAGGAGAUCGAGAUCCUCGCUCCUGUUGUCAUUUCUAAUGCUGGAAUCUUCAACACAUUCCAAAAGUUUCUGCCAAAUCACAUACAACAAAAAUCAGAGAUUCAGUCAUUGUUGAGUAUGGUGCGCCAUGGCAUGGGUUCCUUCUUGGUUUUUGUUGGUCUGGACGGAACCAAAGAAGAGCUGGGAAUCGUUUCCACUAAUUUCUGGAUGUAUAAAGACAGCGACUUGGAUACACUAAUGGAACGAUACUCUUCGCUGAGCAGAGAAGAAGUACUGGGAAACAUUCCUAUGAUGUUCAUCACCUUUCCAUCUGCCAAAGACCCCACAUCUAACAUCCGGCAACCAGGAAAGUCCUGUAUGACUUUGUUAACCAUGGCUCGCUAUGAGUGGUUUGAAGAAUGGGAGGGGACAAAGAUUGGCAAGAGAGGACAGGAUUACCUGGAUCUAAAAAACAGCAUGGCUCAGGAGAUGCUGAACUGGGCCAUAACCAUCUUCCCCCAAUUACAAGACAAAGUGGUUAUGAUUGAUGCAGCCACCCCUCUGACUAAUGUACAUUAUUUGGGUGCACCGAGAGGUGAGAUGUAUGGUGCUGAACACAAUUUGGAGCGCUUCACCCCAGAAACGGUUGCAAGGACCAGACCACAAACUCCAAUCAGUGGUCUGUACUUAACAGGUCAGGAUGUAUUCUGUAAUGGCAUGGCUGGAGCUUUACAUGGUGGAUUACUCUGUGCCUCUGCUGUCCUAAAUCAGAUCCUCUACAUUGACCUUCUCGCUCUUAAGAACCGCCUCAAGAAAAGAAAGGCAAAUCAUAAGCUCACCUGAAAGUUACAAUUUGAUUUACUCAUUACCAUAUUUCCCAGAUGUCGCCAUCCAUGAAUGAAGAUACAGCAUGUGUAUUUGUCUCGUUGUAUUCCACAGCAUCUGAAUUGAAAUAAAACCAUCAAGAUGGAA